AGACGAGGGGCGAGGGGCGCGGAGGUCGCCCGCCUCCCGCCUCGCCCUCCACGCGGCUGGCCCGCGGCACUCGCUGCCUCCUCAGUCCUCAUUGUGGGUCAGUCGUCGAGUGGAGCUUGUCGACGUCGGUCGGCACACGAUCUGCUUGAGCGCGAGUCGCUGCGUGUACGGUCCGGUGCGUAUAGGAUUCGCGGGUGCGUUUGCGGCAGUUUUGAAUGCCGAGCCGACGGCUGUGCUCGAAAUAGCGUGUGUUAUCAUCGUGACCUCGGCCGCGGCGAGACGAGAUAGCGCGAGGUCGCCGGCACCUGCGCGCCGCCUCACACGUGCGCGACCAUUGCAGCUAACAAUUAGCGGUGCCCGCAGACGGGCCGCAAAAGCCCAUCUUGUCUCUUUGUUUAUGGCCUUUGCAAUAGACAGUCACUUCUAGAACAUCCGAUCGAAUCACUCUUCGUUUGGAGGUUGCAAGUUUUUUUUAAUAUUCGACAAACGAUAGCCAAUUGUUUGCCGUCCGUGUUUUGUUAUUGAAGUUUAGCUGCAAGCACUUGGUUCUGCAUCUUUGUCUAUGGCUUUACUAAUUGUAUCGAUUGAUUAUUUAAUAUAUUUAGUAUAAUUUUUAGCUGUCGUAUAUAAAAACAGCACUUUAGGCUGAAAGUAAAUACUUUUCCUCUAUGCAUUAUAUAUUUACAUAUGAAACAUUUCUAUAUUUCAAAACUUAACUUUGUGUAUUACGAUUCACGAUAUGUAGAAAAUAAUUUUUAAUAAUUCACAUUUAACUGCAUUAAAAUAAAUCUUAGCUUUUGUUGAACAUUGCUAACCUGACUUGUUAUCGCCAAUGUAAUACAUAAUUACAAAAUUAUUAAACAUAAUUCGCUAGGCUAUUUGUUUUUUAAACAAAUACAUCCUAAUAAGGAAAAACUGGACUAACCUUUCAAAAUAUUUGUUAUACGGAGAUAAGAAAUACGUCGAAUUCUUCGUAAUUAAUUAUUUCUAAUGAGUUCGUCAUAAUCGCGUAAGCCCUACGUAAAAUAUCCGAUUUCCAACAUAGUUUCCAAAGAACAUCGUUUUUUAUUUUUUCAGUUGUAAUUGAAAUAAUUUGGUUCGACCAAAUAAUUUGUUAGUUAUGCAAUAUCUUUUGUUACGUAACAGCACGUGCUAUGUCCUAGAAUACAUUCCACUUGGUUUCCAUUGUUUUGAUAUUGUAUCAUCAAGGUGUCCGUUUGCAGUGUCUAAUUUCAGUUAUGUGUGUCAGACAUGUGCAAUUAAAGCUGUUCCAAUACAAUCAUACUUUUAUAUUAUAAUUAAUAAUAUACAUAUAAUAUACCAAUGAUGUCUACAAGUUUUUGCUUUUUUCCCAAGUAAUUUCCCUAAUAUUACCCAAAAUAGUUUUUCCAUGAAGUAAGUAUUAACAGAAUAGUAGUUAAACACGUAUACAAUUAAUAUAAUAAGCGCAUUACCGUUUCUUCAAACAACGUUAUGUAACACUUCGCGGGUUUCCUUGAUAUCGACACAGCUCAAAACAUAAACCGAAUGUGUCGUCGUUUGAAACUUCCAUGAUUCAUAAAGUUGACAAUAAUGUAAUGCUUUUUUGGCUCCGGUUCAGCUAAGGAUGUGAUCGCUUGACGCUGCCUCUUAAUUAAAUCUCUACAUAGUUAAACCACCUAAAAUUUGAAAUUCAAUAAAAAGUUUACUAUAAUAAUAGACUUUUCGUUUUAGCAAUUACAUAAAUAGUUAGAGCUAAAAAUCAACCCACGUUCGAAAUCAGAUCUUAGUGUGUGAGUGAUACACGUGUCUCUCUUUGUUAGACUAUGCAAUACGGUCUUCCGUUGUACUAGGAUCGUAUGAUACAAUAAGAGCUAGUGUAAGAGUUGCGGUUCGAGGUAGAGGGGGGGUAGUACACGUGCUCGCAGUCAUAUCGCCGUGCAUGCCAUGCGUUCGUUCCUCUGGCCCCUCCCUCACUUGUUGAGCGGAUUGCUCGCUAUCCGUGCCACUGGCCUUCGAGCGACACGAUAUAAUAUCAUAACUCUUCACACUCGUUAAUUCCGCUUAUGUUCUGUCUCUUUUCAUGGUCGUAUGGAGACUAUCGAUUUCUACAUAGUGUAUAUUUUGUUAUUUAUUGUCUUUUUUUUAUUAAUAUUAUUUUGCAAGUAAAAAUGCCUCGUGCCCUGUGAUCAUUUUUGUUUUCUUAUGAAUGUAGUAUGAAUCCUUCUGGAGAAUUCUGUUUCGUUUCUAUUGUUUCACUUCCAACACUGUUAUCAAUGUUUUGAAAUGUAUGGCGAAGUUUUAUAGAAAAAAAUAAUGUUUACGCACGGCACUAUUGGGUGUGUAGGUUUCUAUCGGUAGGUGUCGGGGGCUCUCUAUAUAAAUGGGAUGUUAUUAAUUCAAACAAUUUUAUUUGUUGUAAUCACUAUAAAUUAUUUAUUUUAUUUAUGUAAAAGUUAUACUUUACACCCGUUCCUUAGCAGUUAGGAGCAAGAGAAUGAUUUCGUUUCUCUUUCGGUUUCUCAAUAGAGAAAUAUUUUAAGCCUAUAAAAACUAAACGCACCCGGUGAUUCCACCCAAGAUAAAAGUUAUCAAUAAUAGCGUAAUGACAAAGUAGACAGUGGUAAAUUUGGUUAUUUAUAAAUAAAUAAAUAGCUAAUCAAGUGACAAUGAACUUUGUAAGGGACCACAGUGAAUUAUUAAAAAUGAGGACUUGUAGUGCGAGUUAGAAAAACUGUUGAAACAUAGAAUGGGUAUAGUCAUGGAAAGCUCAGAGGUUAACUUGGUCGGUGCCAAUUGUCUAAGUAUUGAGCCAGACUUGUUUGGAACGAUGAGUGCUCCCAGCGAAUACUAUGAAACCCUCCACACUAUCGCCAUCAAUACCAGAGACACAGAAUUCGGAAGUUAUGUGGAGCCCAUCCCGAUAACGCUCAAAGCGUAUAACCACAUACCGGCUCUCACUCCUACAAACGGAUACAGUUUCCCUCACUCGGUCAUAACUCCAUUACAUCCUGUUCUCCGGGUAGAGCCAGAGAGGGCUACGACGUCCGUUAUCAUACAGAGUCCUGUCAAAGAGGAUAAACCUAAAGUGGCAAGGCCACCUAAAAAGAAGUGGAUCAAAGAGUAUUUAGAGGAGGAGCCGGAGCUGCCGGUGUCGGUGCGGGUGGCAGAGGCGCCGGUGUCGCGCAGCAACGGCGUGGUGCGGCCGCCUUCGCCCCCGCCGCCCGCCAUCCUCGACUUCGCACAAGAACAUUCCAGGCCGCGCACUAACGGCAGUCACGGGCCAACCCAAAUUCCGUCCCCUCCGUCUGUGGGCAGCAAUGGCAGUAGUAAUGGAAGCAACAGCAGCAGCAGCAAUGGUAGCAGCAGCGGCAGCAACGGAAUCCCUCGCGCCGGCACCCGAGAGGUCCACAAUAAGCUGGAGAAGAACCGAAGAGCACACCUUAAAGAGUGCUUCGAAAUGCUGAAGCGGCAGCUGCCGGCUACCCCUGACGAUAAAAAGACCUCUAACCUCUCCAUAUUGGGUUCUGCUAUCCGGUAUAUACAGGUGCUUCGACGCAAGGAGCGCGAAUGUGAGCACGAGAUGGAAAGGCUAGCCAGGGAAAAGAUCGCCGCGCAACAGCGGCUCGCCGCGCUAAAGCGAGAGGUGACGAUCCGAGCCGCCGCCGUCCGGCCUCGCGGCUUUAAUGGUGCUGAGGACAAAGAGAGAGAGGAAAAUAUUGUUAACGGUCAAGUUUUAGGAAUUCCUAUAAGUAUUAACUGCUCCCCUCCGCGAGAGACAAGUCGCGCGGACACCCCUCCGCCCCGCACCCUCAACCUCAGCACAAAGCUGCGCACACUGCCCAUACAGAUAUCGCCGACCACCUCGCAGGUAGUGCGGGCGUCGUACGGUGCGAGGCACAGCGCUCUCACGCUCACGACCAUCGCGCCUGCGCAUUCCACCUGCACGGUUCAGAGAAGCGAGGACGGCUCGACGGCCGCAAAGUUCAGUACAUUAGUGCCGGCGCACAUACAUUUGCCCAUCUCGCAGGUGGUGGGCAGCGGCGGCCUCAUGGUGAGUCCGGCCGCUAUCCAGUUGCUCUCCACCGGCGGAGGACUUCGGGUGCUGCAAACGAACGGCGUGGCGACGGAGAGCAGUCGGCUGUCAAAAGAGAACGGCGUCAGCGCGUCGGCCGCCGUCACUACCGGCAGUAGUGUGGUAGUGAGCGGCCUGACUCCGCUGGUGGUGUCCCAAUCGACCGCGCACUUGCUGCACACGCACACGCACACAAUCACUCAAAAGAUGGUCGAGAGCGGUAUGGUGAAGAACGGCGUGCCCCCGCUGGCCGUGAGCGCGCAGUACCUGACGGCGACCACGAUCGUGAAGCCCGUGGUCGUGGUCACGUCGGCCCACUCUCCGGCCACGUGACCUCGCUCGCCCGACGCCUACGUCGGUCUCUUCCGAUGACACCGUCGAGUACGACGCGAUCCGCCGGCGUCGGACGAGACGUCCGGCGCCUAGAAGUCGAUGGAAUUGUGGCAAGCGAACGGAAACGUCGUAUUCUAGUUCUCCCGCGUGUCGCGACCGACUUGGGGCGAGGGCCGGCCCGCGGUCCUAGAUUAUGUGAAACUCGGUUCUCGCGCUGGCCCGCCGGGCGCGGCGAGCGUCGCCGAGAAGCCUUAUUCGCGCCUCCUUAUCUGUUAGACAGUCGAAGCGUGCCGUUUGUGAUUAUAUUGUGUGCGAGGAACGUGUCGCGUUAUACGUUUCCGUCAUUUCUUUUAACUUGAAGCAUUAUGUUAAUGCCAAUGGCAAAUGGCAAAUUGUGACGCUACCACGAAAUAAAUACAUAAAUAUUGCAUUAAAAUGCAGUCAAAAUUUUAUUCGAUUCAAUAUUUUACACUGACUAAAGUCGGCGGAGCAGAAUUAUUUUGUGGUAUCGGCGCACGUCAGGAUAAAACGUUUAGUAUGUGUCACUACCUCAUCCCUAUUUUCUCGCGGUCGGGCUUAUAAAGUCGCGUGCGCAGGUCGAGAUCACGUAUGCGAUAUUCGAAUUUCUCGAAAGGCUUUUAGUUAAGACACGAGUGAUAUUGUUUUUGUAUUCCGACGAUAAAGUAUAAAAAGAGAAGCGAUGAAAGGAACGUUCCGAUAUCGUAUCGGUGAGCGCGGCCCGGACGAGAGUGGAGUGUCGAGCUGACGUACUGUACAUACAGUUUUAAGUAUAUUUUUCUACAACAAAUUCCACGUUGUGUACAGUCGAGAUGUGAUAUUGUAGAUAUAUUUAUUUUUUUCGUAUCGGCAACGUAGGGAGCAAAAUUGCGUCGUUCACUUAACACGAGUUUAUUUGGAGCAUUAUAUCGUGCGGUGCGGGAGAUGCUUUCGAACCCCACAAUGCUCGACGCGUGUUUUUAAUGCAGGUCAUAUUUUGUAACGAGGUCUAAAGUUCAAUUUAUUUCAAAGUCCCUUAAUGAGUGUGAGAGGAACCACUGUGUUGAUGAUUGAUUUAUAUUUAUUUUGUUAUGGUCAGAAAAUUGAAUGCUGUAUGUUUUUGUACCAGGAGAGAAGAAACAAGCACCGACGGUAAUCGGGUGACGUACCAUAGGAAUGUUAUGAAUGUUUUUUUCGUACCCUUAUUUAUUUAUUAUUAUUACUCUUUAAUUAAAUUGUUUGGGACCAUUACUAUAAUCACUUUUGGUGUAUCAAAAAGAAAAUAUUCGGUUUGUACAGCAAUAGAACAAUUGUUUCGUCAGCUGAUAUUUGAAUCUGUGGAUGAAAUAUUUUUUUCUCUUAUGUGAGUACGAAUCCGCAUUCAGAUAAAUUGGACUAUUUAUUGCAAAGCUUGAUUUCGCAGGCCGCUCGGCCGUCCUACUCUAGUGCCUACAUAGAUAAUGCGAGUGAAUACCUCGGCCAGAUAAAUUUAUCCUUAUUGUUGUUGUAUGGCACGCUUCCAAAUAUCAGGAAACAAUAAAAAAUUAAGACGAAUUGCUUUACUACUCCUACUAAAAAUGUAUAAAAAUAUUUUUGGAAAUUCAUUAAACGCUCACCGCGCCAAGUACUAUUUUGAUACGCUUUGUUGUUGUCGGGUAUCAGGAGUGGAUGAGUAGAAAGGAUACAUUUAUGCUUGGCUGUCUUGAGGAUUUGUAAGAUUUUGUACUGUAGGCGUUCGCUUGUUAAGUUUGCAGUUUCUCGUGUUGUUGAUUCGACUUCGUCGUCGUUUUCACUCAUUUGAAUAGCGAUUGGCGUUGAAGAGAGACAAAUACUGUCCAGUUUUCUGAUAAGCAAUAUUGUGCCAAUAGUUUUAUAUCGUUACGAGUAGAUGUUACUUGCAAACUGAACAUUUGUAAUAUCGUGUAUAUCGAGCUUUAACUUAGGUCAGAGUUUCCGUUGACUGUCCGUGAUAUUUUGUUUUUGUGCAAUAUUUUCAAUUAUUAAACAAUAUAUAACGAAAUCGUUAUGGACUCAAAGUUGAACCUUGUAGCAAUCCAUAGUGAGUACCUAAAUAUUGGAAUAUUAAACUGUUUUAUAAAAGCUAACUAAAUCAUAGAGUUGAAGGAUCCUGCUCCUCCUGCGCUGACGCAAAGUAAUGAUUAUUAUUUAAUUUGUGAAUUUCUCUAGCAUUUGACUUUGCCUAACGGUAGUUGUAUAAUAUGAAAGAUGUAUAAUGUGAAAAUAAAUUAAAAGAGAGAAUUUUAUUUUAAAUGUAUUGCGAAGCGAGAAUGCUCAUGUAAAUAUUAUAAAUUACGUAGUAUAAAAUUCUAAUAUUUUAGAAAUACAGAUGAACCAUAUUUAUUUUCUUCGUUUUA